AUGUCCGCACCUUCGUCCAAGCCGAAUCGCGCAUUCCCGCACCUUACGACGAGCGACAAGCCAACGCUGGAUGAUGUUGCAAAGCUGAUCAAGGACGGCAAGGCGAAGCGGAUAAUGCUGAUGGUCGGGGCGGGCGUUUCGACGGGAGCAGGCAUCCCGGACUUCCGCUCGCCUGGGACGGGGUUGUACGACAACUUGGCGAAGUACAACCUGCCAUAUCCCGAGGCAAUCUUCGACGUCGACUACCUGCAAGAAAGGCCCGAGGCUUUCUACACUCUCGCGCAAGAGCUAUAUCCUGGCAACUUCCGCCCGACUUUGUCGCAUUACUUUUUCCGCUUGCUGCAGGAGAAGGGCGUCUUGCGUGGAUGCUGGACGCAGAACAUCGACACGCUUGAGCAUCUGGCGGGACUCAAGGACGAGCUGCUAGUCGAGGCACACGGCUCCUUCGCCACCGCGACGUGCCUGAGUUGUCGAAAGAAGUUUGACAAGGACGACAUCAAGCCGCGGGUACUGCGAGGCGAGGUCGUUCGACACGACGAGGGAAAGUGCAAGGGGAACAAGCGGGCGCUCAUCAAGCCGGACAUCGUCUUCUUCGGCGAAGGCUUGCCGGACAAGUUCUUCGAGCGCCUCUCCGACUUUUCCUCCUGCGACCUCCUCAUCGUGAUCGGCACCUCGCUCCAAGUUGGUCCGUUCAACUCGCUCAUGCACCGCGUACCGGCGACAUGCCCUCGACUGCUCAUCAACAUGGAGUCGGUGGGCGAAGUCGAGUCGCCUCGCGGACUUGGCUUCGACUUUACCGGCUUCACGGGCAAGCCUGGUGGUAUUCGGGACGUCCGGCGGCUCGGCGACGCGGACGAGGGCAUCAUGGAGCUGGCGAGGCUGGUCGGUUGGGACGAGGACCUGCGGGAGCUGAAGGAGAAGGAGUGGAAGCGGUUAGACGAGCAGGAGGGCAAAGCAGCCCCUGCGCCUGCCAAGGUCGACGAGGAACAAGUCAAGGAGAAGGCGGAGGAGAAGCGGUUAGAGGUAAUUGAGCAGGUCGAGAAGACUGUGGAGGCGAAUGAGGGCAAGAAGGAGGACGAGGCGGGAGUCGACGAAUUGACGAAGGCUGUUGCCGGCGUCGCACUCGAUGGCGACGCGGCUGAGACGAAGAAGGACGAGGAGAAGAAACCGGCUUUGUAG